AUGAUGAGCCCUAUUCAGAAACAGGGAUAUCUGGGGGAUAUCACAUCGAAGUCUACAGCAGAAUUAAUGGACCUUGCUUCACGCCAGGAGAAAAUAUUAAGAAAAACGAUAUUUGUGGAAUCUUUGCCAGAUAAAGGAGCAAAAGUUAGAGCAUUUUAUGAAAAGCUACAGCAGCUGUUGUUGGCGAGAAAUCAGCAAGUGGACGGUAUCUCUCCACAAACAAAAGAUGCGUCACAACUCAAGUCAGAAUGUGCUCCAGCUGCUGUUUUAGGGGAUAAACAAGAACAAGCUAUACAUGAUAGUUCAUUACAAAAUGAAACACAACAAAAUAUAACCACAAUCGGGACAAGAAACAUCUCUAGUAGUGAAGAUGAAAUAAGGUUACAAGAAAAUAAACGAAAAUCAAGCAGUCCCACUCUCAACAGCUUCCAAGAUAACGCUAUCACAAGCUGA